CUCUGGCUGUUAUUCUUAACUUGAGUAAAGAGGCAUCCUUCAGCCAGUAUAGUUUUAGGCAGGCUGCUUUUACUAUAGAACUGCAAGGAAAUAUAAUAUGAAUGCAUGCAUAUGCCUAAGGGUGAGAUGCAAAUGGCAAAUUCUGACCAUAUGAAGAAUUGACUGUGGUCACGUAUAGUCAAGUCUAUAGCCUAUUUCUGUUCUGAACUUUCAAUGACCUCUGUUCCUUCCUUUUUUGACAAACCACUGAAAACAUUUCUGAAUUAGUAACUGUAAUGAAUAAUCGGCAAUCGACUGGUCUUUGCAUUUUCUUAAAUAUUUUGCACAAGGACGAUUUGUGCCACAAGAAAAGCUAUGCCUUUUUUAAAGAUUGGAUGCUUUGAAGUUCCUGAUAUUCUGCUAUUGCUUGUUGUUUAUAUUAUUUACUUGCUUUUUGGGGCCACUAUUUUCUGGGCACUGGAAAGUGGAAAUGAAAGCCAAAAUGCCCUGGAAUUUCAGAAAGAGAAGUGGGAGAUGCUGAAAAAUUACACGUGUAUGGAUCGGGCAUCCUUGGAGAAACUUAUUCAGGGCAUUAUUCAAGCUUAUAAGAGUGGCCUCAGUCCAGAAGGUAACACUACCAACCUGAAAAAAUGGGAAUUUCCUGGAUCCUUCUUCUUCUCCAUCACAGUAGUGACAACAAUAGGAUAUGGCAAUCUUAGCCCCAGCACAAUAGGAGGUCACAUAUUUUGUAUCGUCUUUGCUUUAUUUGGAAUACCUCUGAAUAUUGUCUUACUAAACAAGAUUGGGAAGGCUAUGUUGUCUGCAGUACAAAAGUACAGUGAGAGAUUAGGGAAGAAAUUCAAGAAAGAGAGGUUAGCAAAACAUCUGGCUACUUCAUCAAGUUUUCUGAUUGGACUGCUGCUGUUCCUUUUCUUCCCCCCCUUGGUAUUUGCUGCAGUGGAAGGCUGGUCCUAUGAAGAAGGAUUUUACUACUCCUUUGUGACACUGGGUACUAUUGGAUUUGGUGAUUAUGUUGUUGGAUCAAAUCCUGAAAGAAGUUACUCUGGCUUAUAUAAGAUCCUUGUGGCUCUCUGGAUUCUCUUUGGAUUGGCUUGGCUAGCUUUAAUCAUAAACUUUUGUACCAACACAUUAGAGAAGUCUGAGAUCUGUCAGCAUGUCAAGCAGGCAUUCAGAAAGAAAACAGAAGAAGAUGUUAACAGUACCACUAAAGUCAAUGAGACUGAGCUGGAAGUGAAUGGUACUGCAAGUGACAAUGAACUUGAGGACGGCCAUGUACUGUGUCAAAUUAAGGAAGAAUCAAUGAUUUGUGACACAGAUGAAGAGAAAUUGAAAACUAAUAAGGAGAACAUUGCAGAAGCUACAAAUGACUGAUCCAAGCUGAGUAUUUAUUACCUCCCCUGUAGGUAACAGUCCAAGAAUGUACCAUUUUGUAUGGAAGCACUAUCUAACUGAGAUAUUUUAGGUCAGAAACCUCACUAGUUGAUUGGCUACUAUUAUUACUAUUGUUUAACAUCCACAAACAUGCUGCAUGACUGUUUUAACAAGAUAUGGUAGAUUAUAUUUUAUCAGUUCAUUACUGUAUACUAUGAGCCAUUCAUAGUUAGCCCUGGGUAGUGUUGAUUUGUAAUGGUGGGAGAUAUGGUUAUAACAACAGUCUGUGUGAUCAAAGUAUAGCUUCCACCACCGUGGAUAAACUGUACCCAUGACUUGCUAAUAACACAUUGCUGCUCCAUGAUGGCAUUAUUAAAUAAUAAUAAUAAUAAUAAUAAUAAUAAUAAUAAUAAUAAUAAUAAAAUAAAUGUCUUGUCAUUUUUUAAACACUGCCCUUGUGAGAUGGAAUUAUAUUUCUUGCCAUCUGUCUUCAAUGAUGUAAUUCUCUUGGGAUGGUUUAGUGACGGGAUUUGCAUGCACAUGCCCAAGCAAACAAGGAACUAGCAAAAUGUAUAAUUUGAUUAUUAUAUGCCGAGCCUUUGUCUAAUAUAUGAUAGUUGCAUUUUAAUUUAGAAGUUAAAAAAGGUAAUUAUUUAAAUUUGGUUACUGUAAUUAUGAGAGAAAAGUACAAUUUUAAAAGAAAAGUUGUCUUACUUUUGGUAAUUUAGUGGUAUAGAAUAAUGCUGGGUAUAUUUUUACUGUUUGAUAGCCACUGUAAUAAUUUACAUCACAGUGUAUCUCAAUCUGUGUGAGAAGACACUCAGUUUAUCAUGGCUACAUUCACUGGUAUGUCUAUCACCACCUGCAUUUUUGAAUAGUGUCUUUGAUUACAUAAUGUUAGCUAGAUGUCAAAAACAGCAAAGGGGCUUGAAUUUUAAAUUUGUAUCUUAAAAGCUGAUUUAACAUCAGUUUUACUCAAGAAUCAAACAAAAUCUUUCUGUAACUGACUUAACUUCUACCUCAUUAAAUAUUUAAAUUUAGUUGUUAAAAGUCACAUGUAAUUUGAAGGAAAAAUAUGCCAUAUUGUAGAGCAUUAGUAGUAUUUCAACUACAUGUGCUUCAGCUUGAAACAUUCAUAAAACUGCAGCAGGUUUAUUUUGUGUUGUAAAGUCAUGCAUGACUGAAUGUGCACUUCUCCAUAAAUUACAUUAAGCAUACCUGCAUAUUCUCUAAAUCUUUCC